AUGGUAGAGCUUGACUUGAGGAAAAUCUUCUUUUCAAUUGAGAAAAAACCUCACCUAGGAGAAAAUUGACUUAAUAGAGCUCUUGGUCAGUCAAGCUACAUUAUAUAUCAUAUUUUUUUCUUAAUCUGGAAAGACUAUAAGAUUUUUCCUAUUUUGAAUCAAAGAGUAUGUCUUGUGCAACAUUUCAGAAGCAAAAUCAAAAAGCUAAAGAAAUUUAGAAUGCCCCACUAUAAUAAAAUCAAUGUCUACAAUAAUAAGUCAGCUAAUUCAGUGACAUAG